AUGUCGAAGGUGGGGACCCUGAACUGGGGCAGGGGUGGCUCCAGGGUCACGGGGCGAGCGCGUGAGGACACGCCCGCCCGGGGAUUCCAAGACUCGGUGUCUUCUUUCCGCCGGAGGCUCCUGCCCCCGCGGCCCGGGGGAGGGGGCGGGGAGGAGCCGAGCGGGGCUGGGCGGCCGGGCCGGCGUCCCGGUGGCGGUGCCUGGCGGCCGCGCCCUCCAGAGCCACCCGUGUGGAGCCGCGCGUCCCGGCCGCUGCGGGCACUCCCUCCCGCCUCCGGCCCCGGGGGCCCGGCACGUUCCGGGCCGCGAUCUCCGGUUUGCCGGCCGUCCCGCCGCCGGACCCGUGCCAUCCCGGACCCGAGGACGCGCUCCGGCCGCCGCCGUCUCCGCCCGCGGGAACUUUCCGCAGACCCGACACGAGCCCGCGGCGGUGCGGGCAGCGGGUGUUCAGAGCAGCCGUGCGGACCCGGGGUGAGUGGGGUCUUCGGGCGCCGCCGGCUUACGCGCUGCCGCUGCCCAGAUUCCUCCCAGCUGCCCUGCCGUCAUCCCCUCUCCUUCCUCCUUUCCCCGCCGCCAGCGCUUGGGCAUCUCGCUCUUCUCCCUCUGGCCGCCCCUGGGCUCUGGGGGCCUCCGGCGCUCGGUCCCGGGCCGCGGGGAAGCCAGAGCUCGGAGGACGGGGCUUCUCGCCGCGUCCCUGCUCGCGCCGUCGGCCUCUGCCGCCCCUCCGCUCUCCAGGGCAGCGGUCAGGCCCGGGGCCGGGCCACCGCGCCCCGCCGCGCGGGAGCAGCGGGUUAUCUGUCCAACUUGGCAAAGCCUCGCGGGGAAGACCGCCAGGAGCUGGAGUUGGGGGGUUGGGGGGUCCAGCCUGGUCUGUCACCAGCAGUUUCUCCAACUGUGAAGACAAACAACCUUUGCCUACACAUCAAAUGGAAAAAGGCAUCUGCGCAGAGUAGCCCGGAGCCAGGCCGCCUUUCCAGGCUCCCUCCUCCUCCUUCUGAGGACUUGGAGGUUUCAAAGGCCAGUCCUCUUGCACCCCUCGCUCCCUCCACAAGCCCCUUCCGGUUAGAGGUUGUCCCUCACCCUUGCGCCUGGCUCCGCUUACUGAGCCCAAGAGGGAGCCGUUUGAACCAUAAAAACCCCAACCCCGACGACUCUCGAGGUUGUUUUCGGAUCGAGUGGCCAGGCUGGGUGGGCUCUUGUUCGCGCGGAUCCCCUGGUUCCUUCCUGAUUCUUUCUCGUCCUGGUGGCGCCUGGGGGCGCUUCAGUCUCCCGUUUGUUAUAUAGAGUCCCUUAGAGCUCUACGCUGCAGGGCUGAGAGCCCUCGGUCCCUCAGGCAUGGCAGAGGCUCCCGGUCAUCUGCUGGGAUCCCUGGUCCCACACGGUAGGUAAGUGGGCUGCAGGCCUGAAGGAGGUGAGCGCCUGAAUGGUGAGUUACCUUGAGGAUUUCGCUAAUGGAUCCUGCCUUCCCUGCCAGCAAAAUGAGGAGGUGGUGGUGGAACAUUUGGGUGUCUGAGCUUGAGUGAGAAGUGCUUUUGGGGUCAUUCAGGCCACUCAGCAAUCCUCUGAGCACAUGGGAGCCGGGCCAGCUGAGCAUCAGGACAUCAUGUGCUUCCGUAGAAACAACCAAAAAAAAAAAAAAAAAAAAAAAAAAA